CGACCGUUGCACGCACCGCAGCCGCAACGCUCCUCCGCAAGAAAGCAAAAUCACUCGCCUGUAUUUUACUCCCGACCGCACUCACCACAGUGCCACAGUGCUCCGGAAGAGACUGGAUCAUCGAUGGCGGCGUUCACGGAGGAGGAGAGGGCGGUGGACGACGCGCUGGGCUACCCCAAGGCCUACGCCAGGCUCUGCCGCGGCGCCGCCGGCGGGGCGCUCGGCCUUCCCUACGCCCACGGCCCGCCGCACGCAUUCCUCCCCUACGUCCUCCAGCCCCACGAGGCGCUGCGGGCCAAGGACCUGAACGAGACGUUCCCGGUGCUGGACCCGGACGCGGCGCCCACGGCCAACCCGCGCGGCUUCGCCAACCUCCUCUGGAAGCAGCUCGACCACCUCGGCAACGCCGGCUUCGACCCGGCCCUCUUCCGGGUCGACGCCCACGGCAACGUCCUCUACCUCCACGCCGACUCCGCCUCGCCGCUCGCGUGGGACGUCGCCCACUGGUUCCCCUGCGCACGAGGAGGGCGCACGGUCCCGAGCAACCUACGGGUCUUGCAGCUGCAGGUGUCCAGGAAGAGGCACAACAAGCUCGAGUUCCUCGUCCCCUGGUGGGAUCUGCAGCUCGGCAUCUCCGUCAACCAGUUCCUCUCCAUCUUCGCCUCCAAGAACGCCGAUUUCAGGAACAGAGCCUUCGCGUUCCUCUUCGCCGACGGCUCCAACGAGGAGCUGAGCGCGGUGCAGGCGGUGGAGGGACACGCCUUCCCGCACCACUUCUCCGAGAUGAAGAACAAGGUCGGCCUCGCGCCCGCCGCCAUCGUUUCCGCCAGGGGAUCCGACAGUUCCGUGCUCAAAUCACUCGACGCCAACAGACCGGUCAGGUCCAACUACCCCUUGAUCGCUGCCAAGAAAUUCUCGGGCGAGAAGGACGACAACUCGGCGGCGCACGGGCACGGGGCGAAAGAGAACAACAACCCAGAUGUCGACGGCUACAUCAGCAACCCGUACCUGUCCAUAGCCAUGGCCAGGGACUCGCUGAGGCAGCGCGAGGAGUCCAAGAAGAAGCAAGCGGAGCUCGCCGAAUUGGAGGACGAGGUGACGGAGAUGCAGCACAAGACUGAGGAGGACAGGGUGGCCAUCCAGGACCUGGAGGCGCAGCUCAUCAAGAGGCGUCGGCGAGUCGAGAAGUGCCGCCGCUUGGCGGAUGCCCAGUCCAACUACAAGGCCGUGCUGGAGAAGAUGAUCAGAGACGCCAUGCACCAGAGUGUUGUGUACAAGGAGCAGCUUAGGCUGAACCAGGCUGCAACUAGUACUCUGAUGGCGAGACUGGAGGCCCAGAGGGCAAUGUGUGACUCGUCUGAAACCGAGCUCCGCAAGAAGUACCAGCACAAGGAUGAUCUGGAGAGGCAGGUGAGGCCUUUCAUUGAUCAAGCGAGGAAGAGGUACCGGGUCGAUGAUGAAAUUCAAGAGGAAAGGCACUGUGAGAGUGCAAGGUACUUGCCAGAAAGAAGAUUCAGGAGCAGCCCUCUCAAACAGGAGCUGAGAGUUUUCCUGGAGCAGGAUCAGAGGAAUUCAGAUGCAUAUGUUUCCCUGGAGGAAGAAGAAAUUGGUGAAGGAACUCCAGCAAUGGGCUAUGUCAACAAUGAAUCUUCCAAGGUGAUUAACUUCCCAAGGAGGUCCAUCACCACUGAAGAGAAUAACACAUGCUACGUUGAAAGAGGAAGAGCGUCAGUGAGGGAGAAGCUAGAACAAUCUGCGAUCAGGGAACGGCAUCGAAGCAGGGGAAGGGAAAGAAAGGAAACCAUGGCAUCAAGGGGGAUUGGUGGUGGUACACCUAUCAGGUCAAGAGAUAAUAGGGGCAAGGCAGCCAUGCUUGAGUCUGAAACUGAAAAAUCUUAUGCAAGCCAGACAGUCUCAUUGCCAAGGACCUCCUCGGUUCCACCAAGUCCUCCAUACAGAGCGAGCGGCGCAUAUGGAAUGCCAAGGUAUCCCACAGAGCAGUCACUACCCUUGCAAAAGAAUCACGCUCUUCAUCCUCGACGUGUUGGCAGAUCAGAAGUCAAUGAAAACAUGAACCACAGUGGUAAAGGCAAUGUGGAUAAGUGGCUUCAUAUGCUCAUGGAGGACCAGCAAGAAGGAAAUGAAGUGUACCAUUCUUCGGAAGAACACGGUGGUAGCGAGGAGGAUGCUUCGGAUGAGCAGCAAGUGCAAAGCAGAAUCAAUGACGACGACGAGAGCUGCAGGAAUGAGAUCACUGAAUGUUCUGAAGAAAUUGUUGAUGCUGGUGGCGGCAAGACAGCUACUCACCAUGGCACUCCAAGAUACAGGAACUGCAGGGAUGGGAUCACUGAAUUUUCUGAAGAAAUCGUCGACGUCGGUGCCGAGAUCGCUUCUCACCAUGGCACUCCAAGAUGCAGGAAUAGCUUUGAAACUAGUAAGGAUGAGAAAGUGGAAAAGAAGAUUUGGUUCCCUAGAUCCGACAGCGGCAGGGGUUUUCGGUCUCUGCCUUCCUCACCUUCAAAGAUCCUGGGAAUGAGAAGAGGUGUGGAGAAACAGAAGGUGGCCGGUGGCGAUGACAACAGAUAUGGGUAUGAGGAUUCAGUGUCCACGAGCAGUAGCAAGUUCCUCAGCAAAUGCAGGCAGGCUAUCAAGAAAGCAGUACACAAAUGAGGCAAUCUCACCCUGUUUAUUCUUUUAAACAUGUGUUUACGUUUGUGUGAACUACCAUUAUUUGUUCAUGUAGUUGAAUAAGUUAGUUAGCGAGGCAUAGAAGACAGAAUUCUGUCAGAGGCCCAAUCUGUAAAAUGCGAACAUUUGUGGUUACAGAUCACCCUUGUGUGAUCAGAAUAUGUGUGUUCAUCUAUUUGUUGAUCUGUGAAAAAAAGAUUAUAUUCAGAAA